CAUCGCCUAACUUCGAAGCGACAGACACUUGAUGUCCUCAUCUCUGAAUUUUUUUUUCUUCUCUUUUUUACAUGCUCAAAGCAUCAGCUAGCAAGAUGGUUAAGAUCUCUGUCGGCAUGAUGGGAAGCUCCGUCGCGGCAGGUUCGCCGUCACUAGCCACGCCGGCACAAGUCUCUGCCUUUCUAGAUGUCGUCAGGUCCCACGGGGUCAGAGAGCUUGACACCGCUCGUGUGUACAACGACGGCAAGUCUGAAGAGCUGCUCGGCGAAGUGCAAGCGCACAAAGAUUUCUUGAUCGCGACCAAGGCACCGGCUUUCACGCCUGGCUCGCUGGAGUAUGACAACAUCAUCCUUAACUGCGAAAAGUCCCUGAGAGCACUGCGGGUGAACACAAUCGAUCUGUACUACUUGCACGGACCGGAUCCAAGGACAGGCUUUGAGGAGCAGUGUCGUGCUAUCAAUUCGCUACAUGAACAAAAAAAAAUUGAUCGGUGGGGGAUUUCCAAUCUCACUCCGACGCAAGUGCAAGAGGUAUACAGUAUCUGCGAGAAGAACAAGUAUCCGCUUCCAACCGCUUAUCAAGGUGGCUACAAUCCUAUCAACCGGCACCAGUCCGAAUCGAACCUGUUGCCACUCCUCAAAAGGCUGAACAUGACCUUCUACGCCUACUCGCCGCUCGCUGGCGGUUUGCUUGCCAAGCCAACCGAAGAGAUCGUCACGCCAAAGAAAGGAACCAGGUUCGAUUCAAUGAGAGUAUUUGGGAACAUGUACCUCAACGAAGAGAACAUUGCCGUUUUGCGGAUGUUGCAAAACGCGUGCACCGCUGCGGGAAUUUCUUUGCUGGAGGCGACCAUGCGCUGGUUCAUGCACCAUUCGCCGCUUGGAGAGAACGACGUCGUGAUUCUGGGCGCUUCGAGUGAUAGCCAGAUCGCGGAGAGCCUUCGCGCCUGCAAGAAAGGGCCGUUGCCAGAAACUUUGUUCGUGGCUUUCGAGGAGAUGAAGAACAAGAGUAAGGUAGGAGACCCUUUCAGAAGUUCGAAGGACACAUCCUAGGUCUCAUUGAUUUCCUCAGAUGAAAUAACCGCCGUGUGUGUUCAAAAUAUAGAUUUUAAUCGCAAACGCGUUGUCUGG